UAAAGAGGUCCAGCCAGGCCCGAUGUUGUCGCCCUCCACCGUACCCCUCCUUCUCAGUUUUGCGGCCGCCGCCGUCACCGGGGCGGCGGCUUUCCUCGCCCUACGGCGGUUCAGCCGGGAAGAGACCGUUGCUUCGCUUCGCCAAGACGUCCGCGACGCCGUCCUGCUCCUCCGGGAACCCCCGACGGUCCUCGUCACGGGUUUCCGGGCCCACGGCAAGAGCUCAUUCAUCAACACGGCGUGCCGAGCCCUCGCUGCCGAGGCCGGGCCGAUGCUCCUCCGGGCGGAGACCUCCCCGCCGGUAACCCACAGCGCCACCUUCGACCGCUGCGUCAUCCGGGCGGCGGUUGCGGGUGGCGGCAGCGAGGACGAGAAGGAAGAAGGGGAGGCAACGUGUGCACAGGUGGCAUUGGUGGACGCGCCUGCCCUACCCGAGCCAGGACAGCUGACGAGGGCUGACGUGGAGGAGGCGCUGUCCGGGGUGCCACCGCCUGAAUGCGUGGCCUUGGUGCUCCGCUGCGGUGGGCCGGCGAAAGACCGACACGCGGCUGUAAAAAAACUGGCUGACGUUACCACCGCCAUCCGCCAACGAGGCUUGCAGUUUGUGGUUGUAUUGACACACAAGAAGCGGAUAAAGAGCAUGAGGAAAGCGGAGGAGCUACGGCGGGAGAUCGCCUUCAGAGCUCGGACCGAUUGCGUAUACCUCAUCGAGAACUACACAGCCGGUAACAUGCUCAAUAUCCGACGCCCUUGGGCUACCAAGAACAACCUCGAGACACAUUACACAGUGCUAAUGAUAGUAAGGCAGUGCGUGGAGUUCGCCAAGUUGCGCCGGAGCCAUUCGGUGGUUCGGGCAACAAACGGUGGCGGUGGCGGUGGCGGCAGCACUAGGCUGCUCCACUGUUGAUGGUUUUUGGCCUUAGUGGUGAGUCAGAAAUUUUUUUUCUCUUCUUUUUUCUAACUUUAUUUAAUAUAUUUUAAAUAAUUGAGACUUUAUUAUUGUAUUAACUAACUUCACAUAGAACCUAGUAAAGAAUA